CUAUCCAGCACGGUUCGGAGAGCACUUUUUGUCAGCGUUGGUGAAUGGAAGCCCCUCUAUCAAGAAAGAAGCGGCUAUUCCCACGGCGGAGUCACCAUUGACUCUAUUUAUUAUUAUGGUAAAUUAGUUUAUCAAGAUGUCAAUCUGAGAUCUUAUUUCGGUUCGAUACGUCCACCUGCGAGACUAACCUUUGGCUUUCGUCUCGGUAGGUGUAUUCUUAUACAUUUUCCCAAAAGAACAUUCAUUCAUUUCUUUCUUCCCCGUCGACCACGACGACUGAAACGACGCGAUAAAUCCAGACCCGGAAAGGAGAAGGGCCGGUGGUGGGCAUUUGGGAAAGUCGGGCCGAUCGGGUGUCUUCAUUCCAGCAACAAGAAAGAAGAAGAACGAAACGAAGUGAGAGGCCGGAGGGCAGGGAAAAGAGUCGAGUCGAUCAGGCUCGACGACCGGGAGAAGCAAAACGAAAUUAGGAUUUGGCCGAAAAAGAAGCAACGCUAUGGAUACCAUGACCGAUCACCAUCGAUAAAGAAGAAUCUUUCUAAAUCACUUCGGGUCAGCGGGGCCUUCAAGCAUCCGAAAUACGCCGGGGCUGUAAAUGACAUAGCGUUCCUGAUAGAAAAUUACGACUCCUUCAGAAAAACUUCGUUUUUUAAGUUAUUUUUCCCCAAGAAGUCCCGCUCCGACGGCCCGACGAGUCAUCUAUUUAAAAGGACCCUCCCUGCAGUGCGCCCCUCCUUGAAUUAUUCGGUCAUGCAAUACUUUUUUUGUAGAAAGAACCAAAUGCAUUUCGACCCCGUCGUAGUUCUCAAUCAUUUCGUGGCACCGGGCGUGGCUGAACCAUCUACGAUGGGGGGAGCGAAUGCGCAGGGAAGAAGCUUAGAUAAGAGAAUACGUUCUCGCAUCGCUUUUUUUGUAGAAAGCUCGACCAGCGAGAAAAAGUGUUUGGCCGAAGCCAAAAAGAGGUUGACCCACUUCAUUCGCUUGGCGAAUGAUCUUCGCUUCGCGGGAACAACAAAAACCACCAUCUCGCUCUUUCCUUUCUUCGGUGCUACCUUUUUCUUUCCAAGGGAUAGAGUUGGGAUUUAUAAUAACCUUUUUUUUGAGGAUGCCCGGGAACCACUCCUAGGUCAAUUAAGGAUCAAAUGUUGGAACCUCAUGGGUAAGGAUAAGGUAAUGGAAUUGAUAGAUAAAUUCAUAGACCUAGGUAGGAUAGGAGAGUGGAUAAAGGGAAUAGAGAUGAUGAUAGAGAUCAUACUGAGAAACAGAAAAAUUCCGUACGGGUACAACUCUUAUUUGAACGAAGUGAAAAAAAUGCGAUCUUUGUUGUCUAAUAGAACAAACACUAAUACCUUAAUUGAGUCGGUCAAGAUCAAAUCUGUUUAUCAAAGUGCUUCUCCGAUUGCUCAAGACAUCUCUUUUCAACUGAGAAAGAAAACAAGAUCAUUUCGUUCCAUUUUUAGUAGAAUAGUUAAGGAUAUUCCAUUAGUAAUGAAAAAAGGGGUUGAGGGGAUCCGUAUAUGUUGUUCAGGUCGAUCAGAAGGCGCAGAAAUAGCUAGAACUGAAUGCGGAAAGUAUGGAAAAACAUCUCGUAAUGUAUUUAACCAGAAAAUAGAUUAUGCUUCUGCGGAAGUAUCUACUCGUUACGGAAUCUCAGGCAGAUGUAGUAGGGGUUGCAAACCAGACGGAACAAAACUAGGUUUUGGAAGAUAUGGCACUCAAAGUUGUAGAGCUGGUCGUCUUUCAUAUCGAGCCAUUGAAGCAGCGCGUCGGGCUAUAAUCGGGCACUUCCAUCGUGCUAUGAGCGGACAAUUCCGAAAAAAUGGUAAGAUAUGGGUAAGAGUUUUCGCAGAUAUCCCUAUUACCGGGAAACCUACAGAAGUAAGAAUGGGAAGAGGAAAAGGAAAUCCUACGGGUUGGAUUGCUCGUGUGUCCGCGGGACAAGUCCUAUUUGAGAUGGAUGGUGUGAGUUUGUCAAAUGCUCGACAAGCCGCUACAUUAGCGGCGCAUAAACCAUGUUCGUCAACCAAGUUUCUUCAGUGGUCGUAACGUAAUUGGUUAGUGGGGAAAAACCAGGCCGGGACUCAAAAGAAUUAGGCGAAGGGUUUGUUCCUGAACGAGGGAAGUGGAAAGACACUAAGGGAGAGGGAUAUACUCCUU